AUAUUUACCAGUAGACUGAGUAUAAAGUACGAGUUAAGAAAUAAAAAUAAGAUACUAAUUAUACAGUUUCAAUAAUAACCAAGAGACAAGGUGGACUUUCAAAGAUAAAGUGAAAAAAACAAUAAUUAUACUCAUUAGAAGAAACUGAUUGGUCAUUUUUUAAUGAAUAAAAACACCAUACUCAUCAAUUUUAACGAAUAAAAAUUUUAUGACAUCAGAAAAUAUGUUAACUAUCCCAUCUGAAUGUAAUUUGUUUAAAUACACCGAUCAUCAUGUGCAUACUCAUCUUUUAAAUAGUCCAAAUAAUAAUCAUCAACCUGAACGGCAGCAUAUUUUACAGUAUCAUAUUCAACAUGGUAAUUGUCUUUCAAUAGAUCAAUCAAAUAUUGAAAAGAAAUCACUUGAAAAUGUUGAAAAUGAAUAUUUAAACAAAAGUAUCACUUCAAUAUCACUUCCAGUUGAUGAAAAUGAAAUAUCUAAUGAGGAGAAUAGUUAUUGUAAUUCUGAGACGGUUAUAUCAACACCUACACUUUUAAAUCCUUAUCAAAAUCGAAAUAAUCAACAAAAUGAAUAUCAAGAUACUUCAUCUACAUCAUCAUCAUCAUCAUCAUCAACAUCCUCUUCAUUAUCAAAGUCAUUAUCAUUGAAUACUGGUUUUAUAUCUACUAAUAACAAUAAACAAACUUUAGUAAAUACAAGUGAAUUGUUUAGUCAUAUUCAUGCUAAUAAAUAUCCAUUCUACAACUUACCAUUUUCAAUGGAUUAUUGUCCAAGUAAAUCAAUUGAAUCAGAAUGUGAAGUCACAAAAUUUAUGAGUAGUUCAGAUAAAAUGCAAAGAAUUGUGAAUGAUUAUACAACAAAUGGACAGUUGAAUAACAUACAAACCAAUGGUAAUCCUACACAGAAUGAACUGAUAUAUUAUAGACAAUCUUCAUUACCUCAUCAUCCAUUGCAUCAUGAUCAAAAAAUCAAUGAAUAUCAAAAAAUAACCCCAGACUUUAAUGCGGUCAGUUCAAAUUUCAUUCCAGGAAGCUACUACUAUAAUCAUGUCAGUAAUAGUACCAAUGAAGACAACAGUAAUGGUAAUGAUAAUAAUAAUAAUAAUAAUAAUAGCACAAAAUUAAUCAGUAGUCAAUCAGACAAAAAAGAUUCACAAGUAAUCAAAAAUAAAAAGUCUAAUUUUAUCUUAAUCCAUCAGCGUAAUCGACGAAAACCACGUAUCCUAUUUUCUCAAUCACAAAUUUAUGAAUUAGAGCGACGAUUUAAACAACAACGUUAUUUAUCUGCUCAAGAACGUGAACAAAUGGCAAAUAAUUUAAAGAUGUCUGCACAACAAGUGAAGAUAUGGUUUCAAAAUCGACGUUACAAGUUGAAAAGACAAGUUCAAGAUAAAAACUUAGAAGAAGCCAGUGUAUUACACCAUCAUUUACACAAUUACUCAUUGCCAUUUCUACAACAAUCGAGAGAAAUGUGUAAUCAUAGUGUUUCUAUUGCAAAUUCACCAUACUUGCACAAUGAUAUUAUCAGUCGACCAGAUUAUGUUCGCCAUGAAACUGAAGAUUUUAAACAACAUUUUCAUAAACUGAAUACAUAUCAGUGGGCGAAUAUAUUUACACAAACGUAUAAUAAAUAUAACAUCAACAGAAAUGAUGAUUACAUCGACAGUUACAAUUCAAGGAAUACUUCAAACACUUCUACUUUGAACGUUUCUACUAUCUUCAAUGAAGAAAAGUCUUUUAAACGUCUUCCAAUUACCAACCCAUUAUCUUCACUAUCUAGUUACUCUGAUUCAAAGUUACUCCCUGGUCACUUCAAUGCGGAGAAUAUCACAGAGUUAGGUCGUCCAGUGCAUCAGGUUGAAUCAACCUCAUCUCAGUCGUUUUCCUUUCAUCAAACACCCGAUACAACACAUGAAUCCAAAUUGCUAGCAACAGAUAAUGAUCAACAUUCUACUUAUCAUAAUCCAAUAUUAUCUCAUUUUCAGUAUACUAAUGAAGAAAAUAAAGUGGUUACUGAAGAUAAUCACAACAGUAAUUAUCAGUCUAUUCACCCCUUUCCUAAUUAUCAUGCUCAGAAUGAACUGGCGGGUAAUUUAAAUUUUAAUCCUACAUUGAACAUUGAAACUUCCCAAUCAAACUUGUCACUUCCAGUAUUAAAGACUCUUCAAAAUCAUCCGACAAAUUUUUGCACAUCUGAUAUGUAUGAUAAUUGUUAUCUUAUACGAAAGAGACUAAAAACUUCACCAUCAUCUUCACAAAUAACAUCAGCAAUAGUAACGACUACACCACUGACAUUAUUCUCUUCGACAGCAGCAAUUGCAGCUGCAGCAGCUGCUGUAGCUGUAGCAGAAUCAGUCAACCCCUUAGACAGACACAUGAAUUCAAAACAAUCAUCGUUGAAAACCAACUGGCUAUCAAAUAAUGCUUUGUCUUCUUCAAAUCUACCCAACUCUUUCAAUGAGCUAAUUAUAUCAACCAGCGGAAAUCAUUCUUGGACAAACGAGACUGGAAAAAUUUCAAACCUAUCACCAGUGAAAAAUAGUGGAAAAAUGGACGAAUUUCAAUCAUUUCCUUAUUGUAUGAAUAAGUUUGAUAUAGAAUAUCAAACAGUAUUGAAUGUGGCAAAGGCUGCAUUUCAGCGUGAAAAUAUUCUGAACCGAAGUAAAUCUCCAUUACCAAAUGAAGGUAAAUUAAUUGAAAGGUGUAAUAUUGAUGUGAAACAAAUAGAUGACGACCAAAUUGAGAUAAAUAAAGAGUUAAAUAAUCACCAUCAAGAAUAUCAACAGAAUCUUCGUCAUACAGUUAGUACAUUUGAUUUAAACUGGUCAAACAACAAUAUGUUGAAUAAAUCUAAAACUAUGAUCACUGAUCAAACUGAUAAUUGUUCUUAUAAUUCAUAUUCAAACUUCCCGCCUUAUUCAACUAUACAAACAACUGACAUGUCAAACCAUAUUGACUGAUUUCUGCUUUUAUUGUUUUGACCAAUGGAAAAACUUCUCAUAUUGUACACCUUUAAUUCACAAAUCAGUUAAUAGUAAUAGUAUAUUGAAAGUUUUCCUAAAAUCUAACACUAAUACUGCUACAACUAUUAUCACUUCUCUUCUUGACUUUUUGUUCAAUUAGUAACUUAUGAAAAAUAUCUUCAUUUAACGGUUACAUAUGUUAUUAUGUGAAAAUUUAAACGUUGUACACAGAAUAUUUGAAGUUGCCUCACUCAGUUCAUUGUUUUAAACAAAAAUCAAUAUGAAUUUAACACCUUUAUGAUAAAGAAAACAACUAUUUUUAAGCACAUGAAAUGUUUUACUUCUCUUUAUAUUGUUGUUUUGUUAAAUUAUCAGUGUUAAUAAAGUUUUAUUGUUUUUUUUAGUUGCAUCUUUGUUCUUACUACUAAUUUCUGUUAUUAGUAGUAUCGAUAUUUUUUGAAAAAAACCAAACAUUUUUUAUUGUAUUAUUUUAAAACAUAAUUUUUUGCUUCCUUAAUGAUUUUGUUUUUAUUAUUCAGUGUUACAUUGAGGAACAUUUCUUCUUGAAAUAAGACAUUCAGGCUACAUGUUCAGGC